AUGUCGCAAUCAGUACAUCAGGACAGUGAGUGGGUCCAGGAGAACGUGGCGGGGCGGAUCGUCCGUCUGCCCCUGCUCAGCUCGGUGCUGCAGAUGGUGAGCUCGGCGUACGCCGACGCCAAGGGCCGCUACGCGCUGGUGGGCCUGGUGGGAGGCGUGGCUGAGGACAGCGUCCGCAGCGUGUCCCAGGCCGCCGCCCGCCAGGCCACGCCCCUCUUGCAGAGGCUGGAGCCGCAGAUCAGAGUGGCCAACAGCUUCGCCAGUGUGGGUUUGGACCAGCUGGAGAAAAGAGUUCCCAUCCUGCACCAGUCUGUGGAGGAGGGUGACUUCCUGUGCCUUCCUGGGCCUUUGUGUCACCUGUGCUUCGCUGUCCUCCCUCAGGUGAUGGGUCACUUGAAAGAUGCCCUCUUCCUGACCCUGGAUGACGUGCAGCUGAGAGUGAACGCGGAGCUGGACCGGAUUAGGGACGGGGUGGAGCGGCUGGUGGGAGGGACCCAGAAUGCCCUUGGGGUCACGCUGAGGACAUCCGUGGCCUCGGGGAUCGACAACCUGCUGACGUACUCUGAGGAGGCCGCUGACUACUUCCUACAUCUUCCACCCGAUUUGCAGGGGGAGCUGGAGCUGAGGAGGCAGGAGUACGAGGAUGAGGAUGACAAAGAGGAGCCGGGAAUGUGGACUCGUGUGCGCAGUCUGCAGCUCUGGCUGAACCUGUACCUGUACCACCGUGCCCUGCUGCUGAUGGCUAGCCUGCAGCCCAUCCAGUACAUCCUGGGGGGGCUCAGCGACACGAUGGGUCUAACCCAGCUGGUGGAGGCAGUUAUCCGGCUGUCUCGGCGACUCAUGACUUUCACCGUUGCCCGGGGACACCAGCUGGUGGCACUGAAGGAUGCGGUCAUGAGCCAGCUCUCUGAGGUGAUCCGCAUGGCCUUGGAGCUGCCUCCCAUCGGCCGGGCCCUGGAUAACCUGGCCGUGUUUCUGAGCGAUCUGCAGGAGCUGAGCAAGCUCCUCCUCCAGCUGCUGAUCAACACCACGCCGCUCUACAACAUGCUGCAGAAGCCAGCGGAGCAGCAGCUGGAGGACUAUCUGAUCCAGGAGUACCUGUCCGAGAGCGACUCCUCCCGCCGCGCCUCCGUCAACAGCCUGCUCCUCAAGACGCCGGACGGCCGCCGCCGCCGGAGCCUAUACUCCCGCUUCCGCCGCGGCUCGUCCGGCGCCAACCCCGCCGACGGGCGGCGGGGGAGUCUGAAGCAGCAGGACAGCCUGCCCGCCCCGCCCCCGGAGGUCGAUGCCACGCCCGAUCCCUCCGCCAGCGCGGUCCGCCGCCGCUCCUCCGCCACCGAGGCCCUGCUGGCCCCCAUCAAGCAGCUGGUCUCCCAGGGCCAGCGGGCCCUGGAGUAUCUCAGCCCCGCCCCACACCCAGAGGACACAGGAGCCCCUGUGGAGGAAGCCUCAGAGCCCUAAGCCCAAGAGCGUGUGUAUCCAGUGUGAAGCCCAAUAAAUACGACUAGAUAACAAAUAGAUAAUAUUAGCCAAGGACUGUCAUUAGAAGUAAUCAUUCUUGAGCUUUUCAUUGUUGAGCUGUGUCAGCCACUGUUCCCUCAUGCAUAUGAGAGUGUAUUCAUGUUUAGAUUUGUACUUGGUUAUUGGCCCCAGCCGAGAUAUAAAUCUGAAAUAUAACAACUUGCAGCGAGUGAAGCAUCUUCCUAUGGACUAAGGGUCAUUUGGAGUCCCUUGUGAAGUCUUAUUUAUCCUUUGCCCACAGGAAGGGCCCUUUCUGUGCACUAGAAACUAAAAAUAUUUCAGAAGGAAUAAAUUGCCCCACAUUUAUAGACUGUGUUUUUCCCUGUAGACGGUAGAUGCUGUCUGUUCUUACCCCCUUUGAUUGCUCUCCCUGCUCUGACUCACAACCAUAAUGAGCGCUGGAUGUACUAGCGCAAGGAGUAGCACAGCUGCAGUACACUUCCACUGGCAGGAGCCUGUGUGAUCCGGCCCUUAAUUUAGACUGUAUGACAGGUAUGAUGUGUGAAACAGUACUGCAUGGCCCCUGUCACCAAUCUCUUCAAGCCAAUCCCCCCUUCCACCACCAUGCUAGUACAAAUACGUCCAUUUUAAUCUGUCAAUUAAAAAUACCAAAAACAAAUUUGUUUCAGAAUGUAACUGGAAACAGAAUUGGGUGACGUGGCAUCCUCAUUAGGAAAAAUGCUUUUUAUCUUUUCCUCAGUGUUCCCAUCAUUCUUACCUCACUGUUCUCCCAAUUCUCCACUUUGCAGCUCCGCUCCUCUCCUCCAUUUUCACUAACCCCAUCCUUUCUUCAUCUGGUUUUUAGCAUCCUCAGUAAUUCAUAUCCAUGUUCUCUUUCACCUCUGUUUACCAACCAUCUCUUUCUGGAUCUUCUCUGCCCCUAAUGCACGCCCAUCAGAAAAAAAAUAAAAUACACUUCAGUCCCAUGGCAACCCAGCCUUUUUUCUAGUUUGGAGGAAGGGGGGCCAAAAGCAAUGCACAGCGUGUGUAUGAGGAAACAAGCCUCAGUGAAAACAUUGGCAAGGUGAACAGCUUUUUUUUUUGUGUUGUGAAUCCUUAAUUCAAAGUUCCCGUGUCCCUCGUAAUGAGAAGAUUUCACAUCUGAGUCAGGAUUGCUUCACAGAGCAGCCAUUUCACCCGGCCUCAUUCCACCCACUCAAACGCCGCCUCCAGACCAGUGCGAGCGAUGCUCGCACGCCUGAGUGUCCGUCACAGUCUUGCAUAUUCAUGAGAUGCCUUAUAUGUCGCUGUUAGAAAGGAACGGAAUUCCGUUACCGGCGCUAUGUGUCAGAGACGCGUCGGUAAUGACACCAGAAAUAUUAGAUAGUGAAAGGUAGAAGCCGUGGCUGCGUGCAUAGCAACAGCCACCCACACUCCUGCCCACACGAGGGGGAACGCGAGGAAGAAUAGUGAUGUUUUCUGUGGGUUUUACCAGGGGCCUGUCGCUGUGUUGUUUAUGUCUGGUUUUAUAUCGAUCGCUGUGGGGGAUUUCCAUUUGCCCGUCUUACCUUCACUGGUGUCCAAAACAUACAAAUUUGCGGUUUAAAUUUACCCACAGAGGCCCAUGCAGACGUGAGCGGUUAUCGGUAGGGCCUGCCAGUAUCUGUUUCUCAUUUGGUAGUUUGAGUAAUUCCAGCCUUAUAAAUUUGUGGGAUGAGCUGCAAUUACUUAGAAUUUAUACAAGAGUCUAUAAGUAUGUUAGUAAUUAAGGAUUUAAGGUUAAUCUGUGGUAAGCAGUUGUAUUUUUUUGCGACGAGAACAUAGGCUACAUAUGAAUGGAGUAACAGGAUAGUAACUUGGAUGUUUGAAAUUGGAAUAGGGCCUACAUUGAUUGACUGUGAUUAGCAACCCAUUUAAAAAUGUUCUUUCAAAUACAAAAACUGAACGGAAGA